AUGUUGCCGGUCGGCUAUCGUCGCACCGAAUGGAGUAAACAUCUCUUUGGGGUAUUCAGCCAAGCCAAGAAUGCCUACCGGGAACGCAAAGCCCAAGUGCAGUCCGAGCGGAAUGCCAAGAUUGCGGAGAGGGAAGCCCUGAAGGCAUUACAGAAUUACCACAUUGACGGGGGUGACCAACACUACCAGUACGACGCGGCCCCAUCCGUUGCAUCGUCGCGACGGAGUCAUUCACGACACUACUCGGGCCGCAGUCGCAGCCACCAUCCCCGCGGGGGGUCCCUGUACGAGGAAGAUGUUGACGACGACUACUACAACCAGCCCCGCGAGAUGGUGCGACGACACACGCACCACGACGUGGGCGUGCGGGAGAUGGAACGGCCGGUUCCGGUCCGCUCCCGGUCCGAUCACCCCUCCCACUCCCAUGUGGAUAUGGACUUGGCCUACGGCGAGUUUCACCCUUCCGCACUGGAACAGCAGCAGCAGCAGCCCCGCCAGGGCGAGCUGGUCCCACACCAACAAGGCCAACUGCAACGCAUCGAGGACCCCGAAUUGAACGGUCUCGUCACCCGUGCGCAGUGGCUCCUCGAGGAAGCCGACUGCAUGCAACACACCGCUACCGCGACCAUCGCCCACCUGCAGAAGAACCCGGACUCCAUGGCGGCUGUCGCGCUCACGCUCGCGGAGAUCAGCAACCUGGUCACCAAGCUAGCCCCCUCGGCGCUCGGGGCGCUCAAAGCCGCCGCACCCAGUGUGUUCGCGCUGCUCGCGAGUCCGCAGUUCCUCAUCGCGGCCGGGGUGGGGCUGGGUGUGACGAUCGUCAUGUUCGGCGGCUACAAGAUCAUCAAGCAGAUCCAAUCAGCAUCGAAGACUCCGGUGAUUGAAGCUGCCCCACAGCAACAACCAUACCCACAACAAUACCCCCGAGACGGGGCAAUGGACGAGCCCAGCAUGGAGGACAUGAUGGAGCUCAACACGGACUGCCUGAGCAGCGUCGAGAUGUGGCGCCGCGGGGUGGCCGACGCUGAGGCCGAGAGCGCCGGCACAUCUGUCGAUGGCGAGUUCAUCACCCCGACCGCCGCUAUGAUGUCGGGAAUCGAUGUCACGACAGCGCGGAUGACCCGCGACCCGCGCUUCAAGUUUGAUGAUGAUGAGGAGCGCUCGAUGGCCUCCUCGCGGCGGUCGCGGCGGUCGCGCUCGCACCACCACAGCGGCAGCGGCGGGAGAUCACGGGCCGACCACCGGCCCCCGGAGUCGUAUGUGGGCUCUAAAGCGCCUUCGUCGCAUCACACCUCAUCCAAAUCGGAGGCCCGGCAUCAGUCGGAGGCCAAAAAACCCAAGGAGAAGACGAAGCGGUCGAGUCGCUUGAGGUUGAUGUUUACCACGUGA